GACUGUGAAAAUGUUUUGCACUUACCUAAAGAUGCUGAAGGUGAUUUGGAUUGCAGGAGGCUUGUUGAGCAGCUGAAGGAAUGCCCAACGCUCCAUGAUCAAGCAGAUAUCUUAUAUAUCUUGCAUAUACUAAAAGGCGCUGACUGGGACACAGAGCUGGAUGGACAGUACGGCGUCACCGUUCAUUGCCUACUCAACGAGCUCUACAGAAAGGCAGGCCUCAAUCAAGAGUGGGGCUUGAUCCGUUAUAUUUCCGGUGUUCUCAAAAAGAGAGUGGAAGUCCUGGCUGAGGCAUGCACAGACCUUCUCUCGCACCACAAGCAGCUUACUGUGGGCCUGCCACCAGAACCCCGUGAGAAAAUCAUUACCACCCCACUGCCACCUGAGGAGCUCACAGAUCUUAUUUAUGAAGCCAGCGGCCAAGACAUCAGUAUCGCAGUUCUGACGCAGGAAAUAAUUAUGUACUUGGCAAUGUACGUCCGGUCACAGCCUAGUCUUUUUGUGGAGAUGCUCAGGCUCCGCAUUGGUCUGAUAAUUCAAGUGAUGGCCACUGAGCUGGCCCGGAGUCUGAAGUGCUCAGGUGAAGAAGCUUCAGAGAGCUUGAUGAAUUUAAGCCCCUUUGAUAUGAAAAAUCUCCUACACCAUAUUCUCAGCGGAAAAGAGUUUGGAGUGGAAAGAAGCUUGCGACCUGUAGAUUCCUCUUCAUCUAGCCCUGCAAUUUCUAUUCAUGAAAUGGGGCACUCUGGAGCAACCAAAACAGAAAGAAGUGGUAUUACUAAAUUGAAGAGUGAGAUGAAGCAGUUCUUUCAUGAGGGCCACUCCAUGUCCAGCAGCAUGUUCACUUCCACGAAAGGCAGUACUCCAUCAUCUCCCACUAGUACUUCUCCUACUGGCUCCAGUGGAGACACGAGCUGGGGUGACCGAAAAGGGCAGUGGCUGCGCAGACGGAGGCUUGAUGGUGCUAUUAACAGAGUUCCUGUUGGCUUUUAUGAGAAAGUAUGGAAAAUCCUUCAGAAGUGCCAUGGUCUGUCCAUUGAUGGGUACGUCCUUCCUUCUUCAACCACCAGAGAGAUGACCCCGUGCGAAAUCAAGUUUGCAGUGCACGUGGAGUCGGUGCUGAACCACGUACCCCAGCCCGAGUACAGGCAGCUCUUGGUGGAAGCUAUUCUGGUUCUCACGUUCCUCUCUGACAUCGAGGUGAACAGCAUCGGGGGCAUCAUCCAUGUGGAUCGCAUCGUGCACAUGGCCAACGACCUGUUUCUGCAGGAGCUGAAAGCAUUCGGAGCUACUGGUAGUAUCUUGGAGAAGGACGUAGCCACAGGAAUUUGCCACUUUUUUUAUGACAGUGCUCCAAGCGGGGCCUAUGGCACCAUGACGUACCUAACAAAAGCCAUAAUUAUUUAUUUACACGACUUCCUGCCUAGCACAGGCUGUGCGAUGCAAUAA